AUGCCCAACCUCCAGAAGCCAUUGCGCGAACUCGGCCUCUUCAGCACCAGCAUCAAGUCACAUGUUUUGACGCAGCCGGAGUACACGAUCAACCUGCUCAUCCCGAAUGAACCGCCACAGCUGCUCCUGCUGACGGUUAUAAUUGAGCUGUUCGGCGAUCAAUGGGUUAUCUGUGAGGCGAGCCCAGUCACCAGUCCAAUGUGGCAUUGUCUCGAAGUUGCGCAGGGAACGGCCGGACUGCUGGAGAAUACGGUCAAGGAGGUAGAGGCCAUAAUCAUAAACCUCUUCCUCAGAUGCAUUCACCCGUCCAGCCAGAAGCAACCGGUGGCGCAGGUCGUCACAUAUGUCGUAUCGAAAUUCAUCCCAAAGGCAUUCUGGCUGAGUCGGAUGGCAGAAUAG